AUGGCCAAACCACGCACCGCCGCCGUCGCCCAGUCGAAAGCAAACCCGCUGACAACGGCCUACCUCGUCCUCUACAACCUGGUCUCCGCCGGCGGGUGGGCAUACGUCUUCUACAAGCUGGUCACGCAGCUCGUCGCCGAUAAUGGAGACUUCACCCGCGUGUACCGCGCUGCGGGCGAGGAAGUCACCAUCGUGCAGACGCUGGCGCUUUUGGAGAUCGUCCAUGCAGCUCUUGGUUUGGUGAAAGCCCCCGUUGGCACAACGACGAUACAGGUCUUCUCCCGGCUGUUGCUGGUGCACGGUGUACUCAGCCUCGUGAAGCUUCCCGAGAUCCGUAACCACUGGGCAGUCUCCAGCAUGUUUGGCGCAUGGGCCGUUGCCGAUUUCGUCCGCUACAUAUACUACGUGUUCAACCUGGCCGGCAGCGUCCCUGCGAUCGUCCAGUGGGCCAGAUACACGUUCUUCUUCGUCCUCUACCCCGUCGGCGCCGGCUCAGAAUGGAUCCUGUUGAUCAAAUCCCUUCCGCACGUCAAGGCCAUCGAUGAACGGAUCUACUAUCUUUACAUCGCUAUUGCGUGUAUCUACCCCCCAGGACUUUACACCAUGUACACGUAUAUGAUGGCCCAGCGCCGGAAGUACAUGCGUGGGACUGCCGCGGGAGAGGCUAAGAAGGUCCGAUGAUGGGCUACUGGGUGUAUGGCUCCUCGGCCGAAUGGGAUGAGAUGCGGCGUGAACAUCAAGGCGAGGUUUCGGACUUCAAGCAACAAACGGCGAGACUGGAGACGAACGGUGGCGGAGAAGGCGACAGGCGGAACAGAAGGACCAGCAAGCAAAACUGAAUCCUCAAAAGCUUCCAACUUGCAUGCUAGAUACAUAGAGAUGCCUAGUGCGAGCUAGAAAAACUGAAUUAGCCAUCUGCGCUGAGUAGUUGGGGGAUGAUAUUCCUAAUACAUUGUGUGGCAUAAAUUUGUUUGCGGCAUGGGAGAAGGUGUUGAGGGCGGCACCUGCGAGGACCUCCAUAUGGGGGACACAUA